GGGCUGUUUGCCACACAGCUGAUCCGGAAAGGGGAGACCAUCUUUGUAGAACGGCCCCUGGUGGCUGCACAGUUUCUCUGGAAUGCACUUUAUCACUACCGAGCCUGUGACCACUGCCUUCGGGCACUGGAGAAGGCAGAGGAGAAUGCCCAGAGGCUGACCGGGAAACCAGACCAGGUUCUGCCUUACCCAGAGCUGUGCACUGUGCACAAGGACCUCCACCAAAACUGUCCCCACUGCCAGGUGAUGUACUGCAGUGCAGAAUGUCGGCUGGCAGCUGCUGAGCAAUACCACCAGGUCCUGUGCCCCGGCCCCUCCCAGGAUGACCCCCUCCAUCCUCUCAACAAGCUGCAGGAGGCAUGGAGGAGUGUUCACUACCCCCCUGAGACUGCAAGCAUCAUGUUGAUGGCCCGGAUGGUAGCCACAGUGAAACAGGCUAUGGAUAAGGACCGCUGGAUCAGGCUCUUCGCCCAGUUCUGUAACAAAACGGCCAAUGAAGAGGAGGAAAUUGUCCACAAACUCCUGGGGGACAAAUUCAAGGGCCAACUGGAACUUCUGCGGAGACUCUUCACAGAGGCUCUUUAUGAGGAAGCUCUCAGCCAGUGGUUCACUCCAGAUGGAUUCCGGUCUCUCUUUGCUCUUGUUGGGACCAAUGGCCAAGGAAUCGGGACCAGCUCCCUGAGCCAGUGGGUCCAUGCCUGUGAUGCUCUGGAGCUGAAGCCUCAGGACCGUGAGCAGCUGGAUGCCUUCAUUGACCAGCUAUACAAGGACAUCGAGGCAGCAACUGGCGAGUUUCUUAACUGUGAAGGAUCUGGCCUUUUUGUGCUUCAGAGCUGCUGCAACCACAGCUGUGUCCCCAAUGCAGAGACCUCCUUCCCAGAAAACAACUUCCUUUUGCAUGUCACCGCCCUGGAGGAUAUUAAGCCAGGAGAGGAAAUCUGUAUCAGCUACUUAGACUGCUGUCAACGGGAGCGCAGCCGCCACAGCCGCCAUAAGAUCCUCAGGGAGAACUAUUUGUUUGUCUGUUCCUGCCCCAAAUGCCUGGCAGAGGCUGAUGAACCCAAUGUGACCUCGGAGGAGGAAGAGGAGGAAGAAGAGGAAGGAGAGCCAGAAGAUGCAGAGCUCGGGGAUGAGAUGACUGAUGUGUGAUGUUGCCCUGCCCAGAAGGGGCCCUGCCCCAGACCAUGCCAGAAAAGGGGGCCCUUCCCCUGGACAAGAGGCUUGGAAGGAACUCCCCAUUCCCUUGCCUGCAUUCCCUCCAUUCCAAUUCUCUCAGCCAGAGGGUAGGACAGAGGCUGGACCCUAGGCCCCCAAUUCCCCACCAGACCUCAUGCCCUGGACACUGCUGCUGAGUUGGCUCAGGCUCUGCCCUGUCCCUGAGCCUUUCAGAACUGGCUUCCCCCUGAGGUUACUCCACUCCAAGGUGUGAGGGGCUGGAACCAGGGUCAGGGCCUAACGGUAUUUCUUCCCCUUGGCCCCGUAGCCCACACUCGCCCAUCCACUGGCAUCCCUCCUUCCAACUUGCUGUUGAUUUAUUUUGAGGGGCUAAAAACGUGGCAAAUCUGAAGAGACUGAUUUCAUUGAAACAGAAAGGGGAAGUAGUGAAGAACCCUGACCUUCCUUACCUCCCACCUGCCACUGUUGUAGCUGGUAAGGAAACUAUUUGACCACUAGCCCAGCAGGGAGAGGCAGGAAGGAUCUGGGCCUCCAAAGCACCUUCCCCAAGGCUCUGCCAAGACUCUGGAUUGGGGGGAUUACCUCCCUCUUCCCCACUACGCCCACCAUUUGGACAUCUGGGGAAGUGGAGAAUAACACCUGCCCUAGACUCCAGAAUCCAUACCUUGUGCUUUGCCUCUCAAAUCCUGGCACAGUGAUUGGCUCCAUGGGGUAUGGAAGAGGCCUCUGCCUGCCUCAGUAAGGGUAUGUGGGGGAUUUUCACCUUUUCUCACACUGUUCCCACUGAGGACUCCAGCAGCAUGACAGAGACCUGGUAGAUGACAGACCUGUCCUUAAUUUAGGAUGCCCUAAUCUUUCCCCAGGGCAGGUAAAAUCGGUCAGUGAGGGGCUCUCCCAUCCUCAGUCUCCAUCUUUAGGGUCUCUACAGAGGAACAUUGAAGUCUUCCAGAAACGUAGAGGAGAUUAGCCCUGACCACAUCUCUCCUUCCCCUAGACUAGCACCACCCCUGUUGCUCACUGUUGGGUUGGAUGCUGUGGAAUUAUCACCCAUCAGUCCCAAUGCCUUCCUGCCUACCUUCCCUGAGGAGCCUGCCACAUCCCUCUGCUGAGGGUUCCCACCCCACAGGCCCUUUCCGGGAUCAUGGAGCCAGGUGGAACCUGCCUUUCUGGCCCCCUUACCUAUUAGGAUAUUAUUCCUUUCACAGUGGCCAGCACCCUUCUCCCACCCCUGCCUGCCCACUAUUCUCAAUAAAAUGUGAGUGGUGACAGGC